AUGGCGACCUCCACUGCCCCCGGAGCGUCCAUCCCGAACAUGUCCGAAAAGCAUUACCGCUGGUGCAUCGCAGCCUACGACAUCCCACACGGCGCAUGCAGUGCGGUUUGGCUCCCACACGCCCGCUCUCGUCCCGCGGAGCGUAAUGACCCGGAGCAGGCGGACGUUACUCCAGGCACUGCAGUGCGGCCCGGACAGGUGAAGCGUUCGACAACGGGAUGGGAUUACCUGGAGAUAUCGGAUGACCAGUCAAGCGAAUGCUCCGGUUCUCCUUCGUCCUGCACUGAAGAACCCGCUUCCGGCGGACCGUCAGCGGGCAACGUCAAUCACGGCCCGGCGGAUCAAUACAAGGUCGACCAGGCCCUCAAAAUCCGCAACAUCAAUGCCCUCAUCGAUAUUGGCCCUCCGGAAUCCACCGUGGAGGCGCCCGCGGAGCAGGACAAUGCUUCAACCACCGCUACCACCACUCAAGGAAGCGGGGACGAAUCAUGCGCUGCCAGGCAGUGUGCGUUGGAUGCGGACGAACCGCGCACCUUCGUCCGCGCAUACGUUGGGGCACCCCCACCAAGAUUGGCCCGUCAACGGCCGGACAGAAGUCCCGAGGGGAUUGAUCUCCUGGAAACAAUGGCGGAUGUGUCCUACGAAGUCCGAGACCUGCGACAGGAGAAUGCUAAGAUACGCACCAUGUGUGAUGAACUCCGGCAGGACUUCGCAACCCUCCAUGAACACAUGAAAGCACGCAACAAUAUCCGUGCUGCCAAGCACGGUGAACACCGGUCCGGAGGAGCAGCAGCGUCCGGGACAGCGUUUGACAAUGGCGCGCAGACUGACAUUCCUGCCACAUCUGAUCCAUCUGCGCCGAGGAAGGAAGGUCUCCCGGAAACCUACUUCGUAAGCAAGGCCGUCCGCGAGGUUCGCGAUAACUCAGUUAUCGCGCCCGCUACACUCCGGGAUGCUUCCGCGGUGUGCGUACAGGAUCGCUGCGACAUGGCCAUUAGGGAUGAUAUUAGCAAUAUGGACAUCUCAAGCGAUGAUCCCGAUGGAGUGUGA